AUGCCGAACAAAAAGGUGCUGCUGGCGGUGCUCCUGUUACCCCUGUGGCUCAACUUCGCAGUGAUAUGGGGCUCUCUGGGGCUACUAUUCACGAUGCCUGUGAGGCGGGUGGCGGUACUCGCCCCUGUGCUGCUGUGGGUACUCUGGACGCUCGAUCUUUGGGGGUCGCGGACGACUGUCGAAGUUCCGAUCGCUGCGACGGUGUCGGUGGCGUUGGGUCUAGUACUGCCAAAGAACCCGCUGAUGCAUUUGUCAGUCUGGGUGAUUCUAGUGCAGUACAUUGCUUACCUCACGGUAGACUUGACGAGUUGGCUCACAGCAAUUGGCUGCUUCAUGCCGGUUUGGGUCUCCAUGGCUCGCUUGAGACUGUGGCUACCAGCGGACGAGAAUGUCUUGCAUACGGUUGAGCAUCAGAUUUAUAAAAGUUUCUUGGGAGACGGGUUCACGCUGAGCACGGUUGCUGGACUGGGGACAGUAUGUGUGCCUUAUGCUGGAGAGCAGGACAAGAAGCCUCGGACACUUGUACUGGUCCACGGAUACGGCGCCGGAAACGCAUUUUGGGCACCGUAUGUCGUGGAGUGGAAAGGAAUUGGACGGUCGCAACGCCCUGUUUUUAGGCCAACAAGCGCUACUGAAGCUGAUGCGUUUUUUGUGGAGUCACUCGAGGAGUGGCGAGAGGAACUAAAGCUUGACAAGUUUAUCCUUUGCGGACAUUCAAUGGGAGCUCUCUACGGAACAUACUUUGCUGCCAAGUAUCCCAACACGGUAGAGCACAUGAUCCUGGUUUCACCUGCUGGCGUCCACGCAUCCACACUGACUCAUUCGGAGCUCCCACUGAGUCGCCGAAUUGCUUUUGCGCUGCAUUUGACGCCUAUGUCGGCAGCUCGCGGAAUGGGUCCGCUCGGCCCACGCUUGGUCCACUGGAUGGUGAAGAAGCGCGUUUCGUGGACUCCGCCCGGCAACGCGAUCCGAAUGGGCGAGUUGGAUUUUGAGCUUUUCGCCAGAUACUGCUACCACAACUGGGCCUUAAAGGCAUCGGGAGAUAUUGCUGUGCACACUCAUUUGCACCCGGGUGCCGCCGCAAGGAGAACGCCACUUUCCGAGAUCAUCGUGCCGGAAAAGUGGGCACUGCCAGUGACGUUUAUAUAUGGCGGUGGGCCAGACUGGAUGCCGAAAGAGCACGGCGAAGCUGUGGUGGAGCGUCUUCAGAACGCCAAUCGCUAUGCCAGUUUCCGAGUCGUCCCACUAUCGGGUCAUCAAGUGUUCAUGGACAACCCCAGCGCUUUCAGUCGUGUGCUCAUUGCGGCAGUGGACGACUGGGAACUCAUCAGCUUCGACAAGGCUAAAGCGUUUGCCUCAGCUCGCUAG